AUGUGUCACACCAGCUGUUCUUCAGGUGGCCAGGCAUCCUGCUGUGUGUCCAGUCCCUGCCAGCCAUCCUGCUGUGUGUCCAGCCCCUGCCAGCCAUCCUGCUGUGUGUCCAGCCCCUGCCAGCCAUCCUGCUGCAGACCUGCUAUAUGCAUUCCUGUUAGAUACCAGGUAGCCUGCUGUGUGCCUGUGAGCUGCAGGCCCACUGUGUGCAUGGCCCCCUCCUGCCAGUCCUCUUCAUCUGGGUGCUGCCAGCCCUCCUGCCCAACCCUGGUCUGCAAGCCUGUCACCUGUAGCAACCCCUCUUGCUGUUGA